GCUACUUCCGCGUCUGGAUGCUGGGGCCUCCCGUGUGAUGUCCUGAGGUCCAGGAGAAGAGGAGGUGAUCGGGGACGGAGAGGAGCGGCCCCUGCCUGGAGACCACCGGGGCCACAGUGUAGGAGGAAGCCUGGUGGACUGAGCCCGACACCACACAGGGAGAGGGUGAAAAGAAAUGGCUUUCCGGAAGGUACUUCAGGGGACAGUCCUCCUCGGAGGUGGUGCUGUGGCGACAGUGUAUGGUCUCUCUCAUUUGACUGACAAAAGGAAAAAGGCGAAUCUAACCCAUGUACAAGCUGCCGAGCUGGUCAGGAACACCAGUCAGAAUAAUGAACUGCCCUCCAGGGAGGCUCAACUUCUCACCCUUGAAAACACUAAGGAGUUUGAUGUCCUGGUCAUCGGUGGAGGAGCCACUGGCUGUGGAUGUGCUUUGGAUGCUGUCACUAGAGGGCUUAAAACUGCUCUUGUGGAGAGAGAUGACUUUUCCUCUGGGACCAGCAGCAGAAGCACCAAGCUCAUCCACGGCGGGGUCCGCUAUCUCCAGAAAGCCAUUAUGAGGCUGGAUAUAGAGCAGUACAAACUAGUAAAAGAAGCCCUUCAUGAACGUGCCAACCUCUUGGAGAUUGCUCCGCACUUAUCUGCUCCUCUGCCUAUCAUGCUGCCAGUGUACAAGUGGUGGCAGGUGCCAUACUAUUGGGUCGGCAUUAAGGCCUACGAUCUGGUCGCCGGCAGUCAGUGCCUGAAAAGCAGUUAUGUCCUGAGCAAAUCCAAAGCCUUAGAGCUGUUCCCGAUGCUGCAGAAAGACAGACUUGUUGGCGCCAUUGUCUAUUAUGAUGGACAGCACAACGAUGCUCGAAUGAACCUCGCCAUCGCUCUCACUGCUGCCAGGUAUGGCGCUGCCACAGCCAAUUACACUGAAGUGGUGGGCUUGCUGAAGAAGACAGAUCCAGAGAGCGGCACGGAGCACGUCUGCGGUGCACGUUGCAAAGACGUUCUAACAGGACAAGAGUUUGAUGUCCGAGCCAAAUGUGUCAUCAACGCCACCGGACCAUUCACAGACUCUUUGCGCAAAAUGGACAAUCAGGAAACCAGCAAAAUCUGCCAGCCGAGUGCUGGGGUGCACAUUGUGAUGCCCGGAUACUACAGCCCGGACAAUAUGGGACUGCUUGAUCCAGCCACUAGUGAUGGUAGAGUGAUUUUCUUCCUGCCAUGGGAGAAGAUGACCAUUGCUGGAACCACGGACACUCCGACAGAGAUCACACACCACCCCAUCCCCACAGAGGAAGACAUCAAUUUCAUAUUGACUGAAGUCCGUAACUACCUUAGUAGUGAUGUGGAAGUCCGGAGGGGUGAUGUACUCGCGGCGUGGAGCGGUAUACGUCCACUGGUGACAAAUCCCAACUCUACAGACACCCAGUCCAUAUCCCGCAAUCAUGUUGUUGACGUUAGUGGGACCGGCCUUGUCACAAUAGCAGGUGGAAAGUGGACGACAUACCGCUCUAUGGCCGAGGACACGUUGGAUGCCGCCAUUAGAGCACAUAACCUGAAUGCUGGGCCCUGCAAAACUGUUGGGCUCUUCCUUGAAGGUGGGAAAGACUGGAGUCCCACACUUUACAUUCGUCUCGUCCAGGACUAUGGAUUGGAAAGUGAGGUUGCCCAGCACCUGGCUGCCACCUAUGGUGACAAGGCUUUCGAGGUAGCCAAAUUGGCUAAGGUCACUGGAAAGAGAUGGCCGAUUGUUGGGAAGAGAUUGGUUUCAGAAUUUCCGUACAUCGAAGCUGAGGUAAAAUACGCUUUGAGGGAAUACGCCUGCACGGCUGUGGACAUCAUUUCACGGCGCACGCGCCUUGCGUUCCUAAACGUACAAGCUGCAGAAGAAGCUUUACCCCGAAUUGUAGACAUUAUGGCUAAAGAACUGAACUGGAAGGAACAAAAGAAAAAGGAAGAAUUGGAAACGGCGAAACAGUUUUUGUAUUACGAAAUGGGAUACAAAGCGCGGUCCGAACAACUCACCGAUCGAUCGGAAAUUAAUUUAUCACCUUCAGAUAUAGACAGGUAUAAAAAGAGAUUCCAUAAGUUUGAUAAAGAUAAGAAAGGAUUCAUCACCAUACUGGAUGUUCAACGCGUUUUGGAGAAUAUAAAUGUUCAGAUGGACUCCCAGAAUCUACAUGAAAUCCUGAAUGAAGUUGAUUUAAAUAAGAACGGGCAAGUUGAGCUGAAUGAAUUUUUACAGCUCAUGAGCGCCAUCCAAAAAGGCUUUGUAUCCAGCAGCCGACUCGCAAUACUAAUGAAAAGCGUAGAGGAGAACCUGGAUCAAAGAGAAGCCAUUCCGGUGGACCGCAGCGGUGGUGGCGUGUGAGUCUUAAGACCGUGGACGCACGUUCAUGCUUCUCUCUGUUAACGACAUUCCAAGGCUUCUCUGGCUGAAUUUGCUGCAAUUUUUGACUCCCAGCGUGAACUUUUUAUUUUUCCAAGUAUGCAUGUUUUUGUUUUUGUUUUGUAUGGGUUUUUCUUUUUUCUUGCUUGAACUCCAACAUUUUGGCAGAUUCUAUGCAUCCUGAACCCCAUGUAAGUAUCUUGUAAAAAGUGCAUGACUCCACAUCUUUGUAGGGCAAAAAAGAUGGCUUCGGUGCUGUCGAAACCCGUUCACUGAGAUGCCAAGCUUUAGCAUUGUCUGAAAAAAUUAUUAUUGUAGCUGAUGUGUUUUUGUUUUUUUAGUGAAUGUUUUUAAAGGGAAAUGCACUGUAAUAUCAAAGAUUUAUGUAGUGAAGAUUGACUUAUGCAAAUAUUAUAUUUUAUAUAUGCUCCAUGCACUGGAAGGUGCUGCAAGGCCUCGGAUAAAAUCCAAAACACCAGUUUUUGCUGUGAGGGGGGAAUUUUUUUUUUUUAAACAAUUGUUUUUUAAAGAGUGUCAUCUAACUCUGUGCCAGCUGUCAUUUCACCAGGCAACACAACCAGGUCUGCUUUAUUUUUUAUGCAUGUAUUCUAGUAUGCAGUGCCUCAUGCCUUCGGCUGUCCGGGCCUACUGGAAGUUGCAGUUUUGCUACAGCUGGAGGCACCCUGGUUGUAAAGCACAGUAGUAUGUUCUGAGUUGUUUUAUAUUAUUUGGCAGACUAUGCCAUGAGAUACCCACUCAAUGCAACUUGCAGUUGGAGUCACAUGACUUUUGCCAACCGGCAGCUACUCUACGCGUCAGCAUGCAUCCAAAGUUUGCUGCACAACCUGUGAUUUAUACUCGCCAUAGGAUGUAUUUACUUUGGAGGCCAUUUUUAUACUUGUGAGCUCCAUGGGGGUAAUUUAUCAUUGGUUUUACCCAGUUUAUGUGGUGUUUAUUUGUUUUGCUAUUUAGUGACUUUUCACUGCGACUUUUGCUUUACAAGCUUUUUCUACAAUUUUGUGGCUAAGCCAUAGUCUGGUUAACUUUUUCUAGUGGUCUUGAAUUUAUCAUGUGCAAUUUGUUGUACAAUUUGUCGCAAAUCUCGACUGUAGACAGCAUUUUGCAAAAAGUUGCCCUGGUUAAAAAGUCGCAGAAAACCACACAUAGUGCACUGAAGUGCAAUUUCAAGAAAAUGUGUACUGGUACCAUAUUUAUCACAUGUCAUGCAUAAGUUUAAUAAAUUUAGCGCACAUACGCAUUACCACCGCAAAGAUUAAAGGUGUAGAAAACAUUGUUCAGCUGCGCCACCCUUGGUAAAUUCUCUCCCAUAUCCAUUCAUUGGGGUUUAAUUUCCCAGUUACGUUGCCUUCUCCAGAUCAACUACAUUCUGAUGACUCUCUAUAACACACAUUACGGCUGAGUUCACUAUAUAUUUUCUGAACCGUAUUUUUGGUGUUCAAAAGAACAAAUGACCCACAGAGAGUUUAUACAACUGUAUACUGUUUUUGUGAAUUUAAAUUUUUGAAAUGAAUGCGCACAAUCGAUAUACGCACAAUGAAAGCUAUGUGAGAUAACCACUAUGGUGCAUUAUUUACGUGUGGCCUCCGGAAGAAAGUUUGUAUUCUUUGUGUAAUUUUGAUAUUUGCGAUUUCAACUUUGUAGUUUAGUUAAUUCUAUAUAUUAAAAAAAUAAAAUAAUUUAUAGAGUGAAAAUAAAGCAAUACAUAAAAUACA